AUGUCGCAGGACGCCGAACCCCAGCUCUCGCAAGGAUCUCUUGCUCCUCCUGCCGAGAUUGCCAUCCCGUCUACUCCCAGCCAGCGGAGGACCCUUUCGCCUUCGCCAGAUCUGAGCAUCAAGGCUGCUAGUCCCGCCUCGCCGGGAGACAAAACCAAAGUCCUUUCCCCGCCAUCUCUACAUUCAUCCGAUAUGACCCCUCCACCAUCGUCGCAAGUCCCGGGAGCUCCCCUUCGGCGAUCACGGUCGCAGUCGAGCUCUCUCCUCGCAUCACCCCCAGAUAUUGAGAAAACCCUCUGCGUGGCAUAUGGUGCCUCGGAGAACUUACCUACUCUGGAGGACAUCGAUGCCGCUGAGGAGACCAAACUUCGUACGAUCGCCAAAGAACUCUUGGGUGUAGCGCAAGAGGCUCGUAUGUCGGCCUUGCACUUCAAGCUGCAGAAUAGUCUACUGUCUUUUACGAGCAACGAGGCUAUCAAGCGCGCGGAAGUCGAGCAUCAGCUAGCCCGACGAGAAGUGGAGAUCCUCCAGAGUUCGGAGUAUCGCAGUCGCCAUACUGAAAUGAAGCCAGCGCCCGAGAUCACCAACGUUGAGCUCGAGCUGGCCGUCAAGCGUAGUCAGGAACUCGAACGAGUCAAUGCCACUCUCGACCGACGGCUCCGGCGAGCCAAAAAGCUCAUUGAACAGGAGAAAGACAGGUCGGACCUGCUCGCGGAGGAGAACAGCCUGUUAAAGAAACGCAUUAGAGACAAUCGGGAGCACUUCUCUCGGAUGAUCGAGCAUGGCUCCCUGUCCCCCAGCCCUCAGAUCGACGCUCAUCAUACUCCUCAAAGGAGACCCGCCCCUCAUUUCACAGACAGCGACAGCAACAAUCCAUUUGCUGCCCUGCUGGCUGCCGACCGGGUUCUCAACCGGGAAUCGGCCAGUGUCGCUUCUACCCCCCAUCGACGGUCCCACAGACACCAUGCCAAUGGCCACGUCCGUGGAUCUCACUCUAUCUCGUCUCUCCCCAUGACUCCGUCUCAGACGAGACUCGCUCAGCGAGACCACCAGUACUUCACUCCGGGGAGAGACUCCCAGGACGAGCACCGUGACCGGGACAGCACCAUUUCAGCGUCGGACAUUGAAGAAGCUGAGACAGAAGAAGACGUGCCGGGUCCUCCUCAGUCCAGUUCCAUUUCCAAUGGAAUGUUCCGUCGUCAUCCUCCCAGUUAUCACCAGGGACCUCGAGGUGCGACGUCAGCACCGAAGACCAGCACGUUGCUCCAGACGAAACUGUUUGGCCAGGUGCGGAAGGCCGGCGUGGAACAAGCUCCCAGCAGUCUCAAACGCAAAGGAAGUUUUGACGGUGCGACGUCGAAGAAACCCAAAGCGGAGGGCCGAGUGGGUCUCGGUAUUGACACUUGGAAUGACAGUACGACUCGUGCAUAA